AUGGGGUUUGAAGAGUUCGAACCCAUUUACGGCGAACCGAAAGCAGAAUGGGGGAAGAGCUCCGACUUCGGACGUUCUGCUGUUCCUCUCCGGAGAUUCUUGAUGCAUGUUUUCGCUCCUGACUACUAUCACCUCAAGAUUCAAGCAACCGAUUACAGCUCCAACACUUUUGAAGCUAAUAAGUCCAUCUCGCAGCUGAAAGACUUGCAAGAUAGCAUUGGAAUUGGUGGCUCAUGGUCUGAGUUUGUGGACUACUUUAUAUCUUCACUUAAAUCUGAAGAUGUCAAGCUUGUUCUGGAGAAGCAAUCGGGUGGUGAUGGUGCUGCAUCGGCAAGAUUGGUUUCUCAGAAAACAAAAGGGAUGCCUUUUAUCUCCAUUUCUCUCAGGAGAGUUUUGGACUGUGAUGCAAAUGAUGUCAUGGCAGAUCUCUCUUUUGGGCUCUUCAAGACGCUCAAGUGUCCUCCAAAGAUGACGAGACAAGGUCAAGGGGAAGGGUAUUCUUCGCAGUUGAUGAAAGGAGUAGCAACAGAUGAAAAGCUGAUUCCACCAGAGUUUGUUAGCAACUGUGGGAGGGCAAAUUUGACCAACCCGGUAGUUCUGGAACCAACUGUUGGAGAUCCACCACAGGUGGAGGUGGAGCUCUACGAGGAUGCCAGGGGUUUUUGGCUGAGAAAUGGCUGGCAGGAGUUUGCAGACCGCAAUUCUCUCACUCAUGGACACUAUCUGUUGUUCGAGUACAAAAGCUUCUCCAGGUUCAAGCUUGUGAUGUUUGGAGCAAAUGGGGUGGACGUGAUGUGUCCAGCUUCCAGCUUCCACAAUGUGGGCUCGAAUCGAAACCAGGAGUUAAGAGAGGCUGAGCAGGACGAAGAGGCCAGGCUCACCUGUGGCUGGAAGUGGUGGGGGGCAGCCAGCCCGGCCGCGGUUUGCAGAGAAUGCCAAGCAAAAAGCUUUCAUGGCUACUAUGAAGAUGGGUCGGGACCAUGGGUCUUGUCCUUCAUCUUAACAAAAAGUUAUGGUGGACAUGGAUGUGGACAGGGCCGCUUCUCUGGUGGUUGGCCAGCAUUCCGUAAUGACAACUCUCUGAAACCAGGGGAUGUCUGCCGAUUCAAGCUCAUCUCCCGUGAUGAGAUGGAAGUGACGGUCGAGAGGAACUGA